UUAAUGAACUUUUUUGCGAUUAAAUGGGCAUUAGAAACUGUUCAAAGCUUCGUUACACGAGAUGAUGAACCACAUAAUGAUGACGAAUUUAGUUUAUUUCAAAAACAUGUACACGAUAAUGUAACUUUAACAGGUUUUCAGUCAACAAUUAUUCCUAAAUUGCGUAUUUUAUAUAAUAUGAGUAAAAGAAAUUUAAUAGAAGAGCUUUAUCAAGAAUUAACGACACACAAUCAACUUAUCAAAGAAGAAGUAUUACAUCUAAUUCUCUCUUCGAUAUUAGAUAUGGACACAAAAUCAGAAAAAUAUGAUGCAAAUAUUCAAAACGCCAAUAUUGCAAUCAAAUUACUUAACGUUUUUGUCAAAUUCCAUAAAAAAAUAAACGCCAAUACUGCAAAAGACUAUGAUUACAAUGAAGUUGAAAAUAAACAAGAAAAUUAUGGAUCAAUAACAAUUUUUUAUGUUAAAAUAGCAAAAAAAGAAUAUACAACGACGGAAUUUCAAAUAAAAAAUUGUUUUAUCGCCAAUAAAUGGUUAAUGGAAUUAUAUGGAGUAGUUAGUAAAAGUAACCAAUAUAACGAUGAAAAUAAAGCAGCUUAUAAGAACGUUUAUUAUAAUAUAAUGCAAUUGGUAAACAAUGAAAAAAAAUUCCUUAAAUCUGAAAAUUUUAAAGACGAUCAACAUUUUAUGUUUUUAAAAGCUAAACAUAUGAGCAAAAUUCUAUUGCAUUUAGCUGAUUGGGAAAAAACUAAUAGACCCGAUGGUUGGAAUCUUAAUAUACCAAAUUUUUUUAAGCUAACAGCUAUGAACAAAUACAAUAUGUUAGAACUACUAACGAAGCUACAAACUGAUUUGAAAUGUCCUUAUAUUAAUAGGAUUGAACUACUCACGAUAAUAUUUAGAUAUCAUCGGAGAUUUACAAAAGAUUAUGAUGCAAUGUAUAGUAUUAUAAAAGAAGCAAUUUCCGAAUCAGUCAUUACUCCUGAAGUAUAUCUUUAUUUAAACUAA